UCAUAAAAGAUAUAUGAGGGCCUUUAUCCCAUAUAAAAUAUAUUUUCCCUGUGACAGAAAAGUUUUUCUAAUUGUUAUUUAAACUUCCCUGUUUGUUGCCAUCUGCUGUCACAUUGUUGAAUUUUUUUCUUCAGGGUACAAAUAACAUUAUUUUAUGCUCAUUAAAGGGACUCCACUGAGAUUUUUUGGCAUGGUUGGACUGAAAAUAUUUUUUCCAGAUAAAUGUACCAUUUGAUGUAGGUUUAGACCAUUAAUCUUUGUGCAAAGUUUAAGAUCAUUUGCGCACUUCGUUUUUCCAGAAUUAUUAUUCAAAUUGUAAAAAAAAUGACCCAAAAUGAAAAGCGUUUAGACGCUUUUCACUCAAAUCGCGCUAAGGAAAGCAUAAAAGUAUGAUUUUCAAUUUAUUUCAAAGUAUAUUUCUUAACUAUUUUUGCAUAUAUUUCUGUUUAAAGUGCCCUAGCUCAUUUAUGUAAGAAAUUCAAAUGUUAUGUUUUUAGGCUUUUAAACUUCAGUGGAGUCCCUUUAAUGUAUGCUGAGUAUCUUUUAUACAUGCAGUUCUUUUUAUAUUAAAUUUUGCUUCUGUUGUUUUAAUAUUCUUCCCAGAUGUUUUAAAACAUGAAUUCCAACAUUUGUACCUUUAGAGCAAAAAGCUUGCAUAAUUCCCUUCAACAAAAACUUUGCUAAAAUUUACUUCAGUAACAUGUACUUGACAGUUUUUAUGCGAGUGUUUUUUUUUUCAUUUAUUAAAGAUUAUUUCUUUUUAUCAAAGAAUUAGUUUAAAAACCCUGUUAUAAUAAGUUCAUUAUCAUUUAACAAUUUAAGUUUAAUAAUCUAAGUUUGUAGAUACUAGUUUAUUAUCAUUUAAUAAUUUAAGUUUGUACAAGUAAGAUAUUAGUUUAGGCAGUGAUGAAACAUUUAUUACAGACUAAAAGCUCUGUGAAAAAUAUAUAUUCCAGUUUUAAGUGUGAAUUUGUGCAAUAAAAACAAGAUAUACCUGUUAUGUUUCAGAUGCUAAGUUGUACUUCUUUAAAUCAUAUUUAAAACAAUAUUUAACAUUUGUAUGUAUAUUUACAAUGCUCAUGCAGUGCUAAAGUAGACUAAAUUGAAGUGUUAUCAAUUUCAUCACUAUGUCAUUCAAGUUCUUUGUUUAGAACAGGUUAAAUAUCUAUCACCCAUUGUUUUAUUUUGUCUGAUAACAUAGCUUUAUUAUGUUACACUUAACUAUUAAUCAUUCUUGAUUUAAAAUAUCAUUUGGUGUAAAAAAAUGUAACAAUACAUUACAAUAUACAAAUGAUUAUAAAGUAUUAAGUAUCUAGUAUUUAAAUCACUGCUGGUGAAAUGUGUAUGAAUACACACCUAAGUGUUCUUUAAACAUCUAUAAUGUAAAGCUAGUUGUCAAGGACUCGUGAUUCUAACUGUCAUGGAAACUGAAUGUAUUUUUAUUUGAGAUAAAGACUAAAAUGAAUUUUAGAUUGAUUUUAAAAAAAGUGUAUCUUGAUUAUGAUAAAGGAUGCUUUAAGCUUAGAAAAACAAUACAUUAAUGAAAUAAAAAAAUUAGAAAUUCUGUGGAAAGGUUACAGUAAAAUAGUCAGACAAUUAUGUUUUAACUGAUGGGGUGCUCUAGUGGCCGUCCAAUUCGUAGACUUUCUGUAAGCGAAUCUUCUGACAGCAUAGAAUACAAAAUGUACGAGGAAUCUGAAUCACCAAAUCCUCAUGUACAUUGGGAUGACAGUGAUGAAGAAGAAGAUGAUGAUGACUACUAUACUGAUCACGUUAUGGAUGCUUCAAUGAAUUUUAGAGAUCGGGUAAUGUCAUCAAAAGGUCCAAGAAGUGCGGGAGCAAGAUCGCGAGUAACCACGACAAGUGCUGGUGAAACUUUUGAUGGGGGGAGUGAAUAUUUUGAUAUAGAUACAAUGACCGAGGGAAGAUCCGAGAUGACAGACUGGGAUCAAGAGGAACCCGGCAUACAUGCUCCAUCUCUGUCGUUAUGGUACAAUGAUGAAGGGCCUGGAGAUAUUCUAACACAGGAUGUUUAUGUACCGAAGGUUGGACUUACAAAGUAUACUUACUAUUGUUGUCUACAGUGGAAUGCUGGGAUGAAUGGUGGAGGUUAUUGUGGGAUACAGGAUCAUCCGAAGGGUCAUAAUUACAUAUUCUCAUUGUGGGAUCCUAUAGAUACAGACAAGAAGAUCAAACCUAUUUAUGUUGGACCAGGAACUAUCUAUGAACCUUUUGGUGGGGAAGGCCAGGGCUUGAAGACUUGGAACUUUUCUUUAGGAUGGGAACCAGACAACUGGUAUACCCUUGUAACCAGACGCUGGGAUGAUGAUGACAGGACAUGCUAUGGAUUCUGGGUAAAACACCAUUUAACCUUGGAAUGGACCCAUUUAGUGUCCUUAGAAUUUCCGGUACCUGGCACAUACUUUGAAACGUUAACCUGUAGUUUUCUGGAAGAUUGGGAAGGAAGUGGGGACCAAGAACGUCGAGUUCAUUACCAGAAUGGCUACAAGCAUGGUUUAAAUGGAAAAUGGCUACCAUUUGAUAAAGCAGUGUUUAGUAUGGUAAAUGAAACAAGAUGUAAACUGUUUGAAAACAAUUAUGACUCUGGAGUUUUAGAUGACACAUUCUAUUUGCAUUCAGGUGGUCAGUCAAUGCCAACAGGGGGCGCUGUCAAUGGCGGAAUGCUGAAAAGAAAGAUGCCCCAGAAACCAGAUGUUCUGCCGAUAUGCGUGUACCUGUCAUCAGUUACUGCUGAGGAAGUGAGCUGGGAUAUACCUACAGGAAGUGUUCCACAGUUUCAGUAUAUUGUUUACAUUGACAGAAUGAUCUAUAAACAGGAAAUAAACUCUGAAGCUAGAACAUGUAAAUUUAAUACCCCACCGACGGAACUUGUUGAAUUGUUAAUUGAGGAUAUUUAUGGACAUGCUGUAAGGUCAAGGUUCAAGGUCAGUAACCCUCCAGAUUGUGACCCAGAAACUAGGAAAAGAUUAGAAGUGUAUGUACCAACAGCAAGUCACUGAAGUAGACUUUUAAACUCUACAAACUGUCACAAUUUUACUUACAGUCAUGUGUAUUAAGAUAUAAAGUAAUGACUGGAUUAGCCAUUGUUGGAUACCCACAGUUGAUUAACAUGUCACAUAACAUAUAAUCAAUGUUAAUGGUUCGGCCGUGGGUAUCCUACAAGGGAUAAGCAUACAGUUAUGUUAUUUGGUACAACCAAGCAGAUUUAUGAAUAAUUUAUCACUUUAAACACAUAUACUAAGUCUUACAUAAGAGUUUUUGCCUUUGUAUUUUUUCACAGUGAAAUCAGACUUUAAGUGACUAACCUAAUUUAUUAUAUGCUUUCCGGUGGUUUAUAGAAAUAUAUCAGUGAAAUAUAAAACUGAUAAUUUCACUGUUUGAAACAGUGAAAUUAUCAAUUUGAUAAUUUCUCUGUUUUGUAUUUAAGUCCCUUAGGUUGUUUCAGUGAAGUACCAGCGUGCACAGUACUGGAAACCAACUUAAUAAUGUGACGUUGUUAAUGACAUCACAUUGAAUUAUUAUUUGGAGCGCUUUUCAUUUAGUAUCUUUUUAAACGUUUCUUUGCAUGUAAUAAAAAGAAAAUUUGUUUACUUUAGUGUAAGAUCGAAAUACAUUUAACCUUGUGGCUGCACCACUCGUGAAAUAUACGUUUUGGUGCUCGCUCGGUGAAACAUAUUCUGAUCUUGCACUGAACUAAACAAAUAUCCUCUAUUUACUUUUGCUGAUCUCAAUUCAUUGCUGUGGUAGUGAAUAGUAGUACGAAGCAUUAAAUUUUAUAUAUUUGUAGUCAUGAAUAGGUUAAAAAGUUAAAGUUGCAUGAAAUUUUGUGGAAUACCAAGUGCUGAAUUGUGUGGACUGGAAAAUCUAUUUGGGCUGGUUUUGGUCAAAAUGAAAACUUUCAAUAUUAUGAAAUAUCAGAUGAAUUGUAUAUGAAAUGAAUUAUAAAUCUCAUAUGAAAUGUUUUGUAAUAACUCUAAAAGGUUUGCUCUCCACAAAAUAAUAAAUAUUUUAAGUUCUUUCUUCUGAAAAUCAGGAGACAAAUGAAGAAUGUAAAACAAUGGACAAAUUAACAAAUUUUGUUAAUAAAAAUCACCAUUUUCAGGAUAAAUAUACAAAAUACUUCAAUUUUUGUACUAAAAUGUAAUUUGACAAUUUCAUAAAUAUUGCUGUUAAAAAUAGAAUGACAGUUGGCACAUUUUCAGUGAUUUAUUGUUAAAAAUAAUUCCUGUUAAAGUAAAAAGAUUUAGAAAUACUAUACAGACUGAACAUCAUUACCUGAAUGACUUGUUUUAAACACUUGAGAAUCUUUCUUAUCUGAAACUGUUGCCAUGUUAUAUUAACUGAUAAACAGAUUUUGUUGAUAAUAUUACUGAUCUUGUAUAUUAAAUAUUCAAGUUUUGUUCAUUGUUAUGUCCUGCCAGUAUAUUUCAUUUGUUUUUUUUAAAUUAUAUAAAAUUGUGUCUCAUUUUAUUAUAGUAGUGAUCUACUGUAUGUGAUAAUGAUGUAAAUGAUUAAAUAUUGUAAAUGCAUCAUUCUAACUGAAAGAUUUAUUCUAUCACACAAACUUUAUGCAAGAUAAACAUAUUUUCCAACAAUAACAGCAAUUCACUUCUGUUGCCAAACAAAUCACAAGUCUUCAAAUGUAUCGUUAAAAAUGAAUAGAAGCUGUGUAAUGAAUGAAAAAGAAAAGAUCAAAUUUUUGGUUUGUAAAAAUAAAUAAAUAUGUUACAAUUAAAUUACAUGUCAUGUCACAUACAGAUUUAAUGAAUAAUUUAUUGAGUAGCUUGUGAAUAACAUGAAUGUGAGAUCAUGUCUCAUGAAUAUCGUAUGUGUUAUGAUUGUUCUUAUGUUAUAUAUAUAUAUAUUUACAUUAAAGUUAU